CUCGCGAGAUCCGGGUGCCAGCGGCCUGGCGGAGGCGGCGGAGGCCCCCGCGUUCCUGCGUCGGAGCCGGCACCGCGGCGCUCGUAAGAGUCCAGGAUGAGUUAUGCAGAAAAACCUGAUGAAAUCACAAAAGAUGAAUGGAUGGAAAAACUUAACAACUUGCAUAUCCAGAGAGCAGACAUGAACCGCCUGAUCAUGAACUACCUUGUCACAGAGGGCUUCAAAGAAGCAGCAGAGAAGUUUCGGAUGGAGUCUGGAAUUGAACCCAGUGUUGAUUUAGAGACUCUUGAUGAGAGGAUAAAAAUCCGAGAAAUGAUACUGAAAGGACAAAUUCAAGAAGCCAUUGCAUUAAUAAACAGCCUCCAUCCAGAGUUGUUAGACACAAACAGAUAUCUUUACUUUCAUUUGCAGCAGCAGCAUCUGAUUGAACUGAUCAGGCAGCGGGAGACAGAAGCAGCUCUGGAAUUUGCUCAGACCCAGCUGGCAGAGCAGGGGGAGGAGAGCAGGGAAUGCCUGACGGAGAUGGAGCGCACGCUGGCUCUGCUUGCCUUCGACAAUCCCGAAGAGUCACCCUUUGGGGAUCUGCUGAACAUGAUGCAGAGACAGAAGGUAUGGAGUGAGGUUAAUCAAGCUGUUCUAGACUAUGAAAAUCGUGAAUCAACACCCAAGUUGGCAAAAUUACUGAAACUACUACUGUGGGCUCAGAAUGAGCUGGACCAGAAGAAAGUGAAAUACCCUAAAAUGACAGACCUCAGCAAGGGGACGAUUGAAGAACCCAAGUAAAAAUGUGUGCAGAUGGACAUCAACCAAUCUUAGUACUGCACAGUAUACAUUUAUAUCAGUCUGUGACUGAAAUAUUUUUACUACAGUACAGCACUCAAUUCAGAUUUUUCAAUGAACAUCUAAUUUGAAGGGAGAAAAGUCCCUUUUAAAUGCUGCAAAAACUGCAUUGAAAGGAGCUGUAUCUCUUUGAAAGUCUGACUUAGGCUAUGCACUAUAAUACAUUUUUAAAAAAAGAAAAAAAAAAAACAAAACCAAUUAAACAGGACAGGAAAAAAAAUAGCAUUUUUAAAAGUACAGAGCUCAAGCUUUCUAAUUGGCUGCUGAUGCCUAGUUUAGUGGCCAGCAAGUUAAUACUGAGUUAUAUUGGCAACUAUUCAGUUCAGUUUAACUGUCUCCUGUUUGAAAUGUGUAUAUAGAACAGUGAAUAUUUUCUACCUUUUAAGUUAUAGCCAGAUAUACAUUCCCCUUAAAAGUAACUGGUCAAGUUUUCAUCUAUAAACUUUGCAGUAAGGUCAACCUUUGGCUUAGGAAAUAGUGUACAAACUUGUAAAUCAUAAUUUAAGGACUUUUUUUGUUUGGGUUUUUUUUUUUUUUUCCUUGUUUCUGACUUUUUGGUGCUUUAUAUGGUGAGAGCUAUGUUCAUAAUGGAUCAGUGACCCAUCUUUUCAGGAGGAAUACUGUUGGAAAUAAGGGUUUGUUCUUCAUUUUCACAAAUGACCAAAAUGGCCCCCAGAGGCACCUGAGGGGUUUUGUUAACAGGGGCCUUUCCCCCCCCCCCUAUUAAAUCUGCAGCUGCAGACAUUCAGUGAUUCUACUGACACUUUAAAAGCCACUGGAUGUUUUUAAGCUGAAAGACAUGUUUGUGUUAGGAAAUUAGGUGGGGGGAGAGAUGCUCCUUGAAGCCUCUGAUGCAUCAGUUUGUGCAGGAUCAGUUUGUGCUUGCUGAAUAAGAAUUAAUAGUUUUAGAGCUACCUGAGCUGGUUUUCUGCCUUGAGCUGAGCAGAGCAGGGCUGUCUAAAAGCAGAAAUUUCCAUUUUUUUUCUGAAUUCUUCCAUACCUUUCUGAAGAGAUGCAGUUCAUCUUCACCUGUAUUUGUUUACUGACUGUCCUCACUCCACUUAGGAUUUAUAGCUUUCAUGUUUUACAUGUGAAGUCCAGACUUUCAAGUCAACAAAUUGUAAUCCUCUGGGUAUGGGAUCUUCUGGUUGCCUGAAUUUUGCAGCCCCACACACUGGUGUUCAGCCAGUGGUAGGAAGCACCCAUCUUGCCAAAUCGACCUCUAGAUUUAUUUUUUUUUAGGUCCUUAAUAUCAAAUUGUUACAGAUUUGCUGAAGAGGGACAGAGCUGAUGGGUGAAACAACACCAUGGCAGUUGUCACACCAGUCCCAUACUGUACAUAGUCUUGUAUGGUAGAUAUUACCCUGUAGAAUGAAACUUAGUUUUCACUUAAUUUUACUGGAAUACUUAUGCAUUAAACUGUAUAAAGCUUUGCAGAUACACCUGACUUAUGGGAACUAACAAAACCUGUUACUGAUUGCAUUACUGUGAACACUGUUUACUUGUGUAGCUAUUUUUUCUUUUUUUUUUUUCUUUUUUUGGGAGGGGGGGGGAUGGGGGAGAACCAUUGUUUGUUAAGCAGCUAUUAGAGAUGCAGAGUGCCAGGGUUAAGCUAGAGGAUGGGUGGAACAAAAUGCUUUGUUCCCAGGUAUUUACUGAGUGUUCUGGUCUCCACUUUGAGGCAUUUAUGGUCUGGAGGGCUUGAAGUUUAUACCUAACUAAAAAACUCUCAGUAGCCCCCCAACUACAGCAGCAGUCUGGCUUUCCUUCCCCCCGGGCUGGUUAUUCUAACACCAAACUUUUAACAGUUGUGGGUUAUGUUAUUUUUAUUUUUUUUUUUUAAUUUUAUUUUCCUUUUUCCAGUCGGUUGAUGUCUGAAACCCAUGUAUAACUUUUAGUUUGUGAGAAACUGUAUGGUUAAUGUAACUUUGUUUAAUAACAAACUGCAGAAACAAAACUGGAAUAGCUCUUAAUUUCUUCCUUUAGAACUGAUCAGCUUUUCCUCUGUUCUGACACUUGUUAAAUCUCAUUUAAAGCUUCUCCCAGCUGAAGUGGAAAGUGGUGUGUUUUUGUGGCAUGACUAGCAUUUUUCUCCAUGAGAAAUGCAGUAUUACAGUCCUGGUUGAGAAGUUCACUGCACUUCUAGAAUGCUACAUCAUUUCAUAGACUAUUUGGGCAAAAGCUGAGCAUAGAUUACUUGAAUUUUCUCUAGCUUGUUGGGUUUGGUUUUCGUUGGGUUUUUUUCCAUUAAAAAAUAAACAUGUUUUUUAAGGGGUUUAAUAUAAAAGUAGUCUAGAACUAUUUCACUUUGGUUUUAUGAACAUGCCACAUUGAUAAGCAGCUUUAAUCUGUAAAGUUUUUGGUAACUGCAAGAAAAUACUCGAAAGCUAUGCAUUUUAGAGAAAGCAUAAAGGUAGUGAUAAUGGUACUUCUAAGGAUCUUUAUAUUAGUGUAUAUAAAAUAGUUUGCAUAUACAAAUAUAAUAUAUAAUCUGUUUGAAAUAUUCUUGAAUGGUAGGGGCUGUGAAAACAUAUUAUAAUUUAUGGAAAUAUUGUACACAGGAAACAGACCUCUCAGUACACGAAUGAACUUUUGUCAUAUGCAUGAGAAAUGUCUUAUUUGGUGACUACUAAUGAAUGGGAUUUUGUUAACCCAGUUUUGUUAGACAACCACUUUAACAAAUAUUAUUAAAUGCCACUUUGAUCAGUUUGCUUUAGUGUAAAAAAAAAAAAACAAACCUAUUUUCUUCUACUUGAUUUAGAACAAGGUGAAAAGAACUUUUGUAACAAGAUUUGUUCCGAACUCAACGGUGGCAAAGAAAUCUGGUGAUUAAAUGUGGUACACUACACUUGCACUUCCCCCAACCUUUCCUUUGCUGAAAGCAAGUAAGAUUUUUUUUUUCCUUCAUACUACAGACAUGAAAAGUUGGGUUGUAAAAUAUCCUGUCAUGUGCCUGUGCAGAAAGGCUGUUUAUCAGGUGUGUUGGAUUAGGCUACAAGUCUCUGUCCUUUUCCCAGACCUUUCCCAUCUCUUAUAACUCCCUCCUUACCAUGUUUCUUCUCUGCUUGUCAAAUCUAAGCUAAACUGUGGUUGCUUCUGUUGUACUGUGGAGUGAUUUGUGAUGGAUGGGGGAUAGAUUUCCAUGAAGAUGAAGUACUGGUGGUACUUCCUGAGAAAUACUGACCUGUCCAGUUUGGUACAGCUGGGAGAACAGGCUCCAACACAGAUCCUAACACUACACUUUCCUCUCAAGACUUGUGAAGAGGCAAACAUAUAAAGCUUAAAACCAGGUGAAGUACCUCUCUCUUAAGAUGAUUUCAUUGAACCACUUUCAUCCUCUGCCACCCACAUUACCAGGGAAAUGGGAAUGAGUGUGGAGAGCACUUCCACAGCGUUUGGGAUGUGUGAAAUUAUCAGGAAAGAAUUCAGUCUCCACUCCUUGUACAUACAGGGGAAGCCAUUACAUUAUUCUAGGAUGAUUUUAUUGUUUUUACUUUGUAAAAUUUAUGCUUUGUAUGCUUGGAGUAUAAGCUUAAAAGCAUUACUUAAAAAAAAAAAAUAAUCCUUGACUAGUAGAUGGGUGUUGCUUGACUUCUUUCAAACCACUUUCUGUCCAAGUUCAUUAUGCAGCUUAUUAAAUGGAGUUGGAGCGUGA